UUCCCAUUUCGUUUGAGCAACCAAAACAAGCAGAGUUCGAUGCUUUCUCAUUAAAAACACAUAAUCAAAGCAAACUGAUUUUAACUGAUUUUAUUUCCUUUCCAAAAUUUCAAUUCUUUCUCAUUUAAUUCACCUUUUUUUCUCCAUUUAUUUCCAUUACAAAAACCUCAUCAACCGAUCUUUCUUGUAUUUUGAUCUCCUAACAAAACAGCAGCAACCCUUUUUUAUUUUCCUUUUGAUUAUGGCUCCAAGCUUGAUCAAAGCUAGCUCUGGUGUUUCAGGCCUUGUUGAUGGCCAUCACCAGUCUCCAAUCUCUCUGGAAGGCUCAAACUUCACUGCCAAUGGCCAUGUUUUUCUCUCUGAUGUCCCUGAUAACAUCACAGUAACUCCGUCCCUCUAUGGUUCCUCCACUGAUGACAAAUCAAUAUCCAGUGUUGGAUCGUUUGUAGGAUUUGAAGCUGUUGAAUCCAACAGCCGCCAUGUUGUUCCUAUUGGCAAGCUCAAGAACAUAAAGUUCAUGAGCAUUUUCAGGUUCAAGGUCUGGUGGACUACUCAUUGGGUUGGUACCAAUGGAAGUGACCUUGAAAAUGAAACUCAGAUGGUUGUUCUUGAUAAAUCUGACUCUGGCAGGCCUUAUAUUCUCCUCCUUCCUCUCAUCGAAGGCCCUUUCAGGGCUUCCCUUCAGCCUGGAACAGAUGACAACGUUGACAUUUGCGUCGAAAGCGGGUCCACCAAGGUCACAUCCUCCGGAUUCCGGAGUGUUCUUUAUGUUCAUGUCGGUGAAGAUCCAUUCAAUUUGGUCAAGCAAGCCAUGAAAGUGAUCAGGAUUCACCUUGGAACCUUCAAGUUGUUAGAAGAAAAAACCCCACCGGGGAUCGUGGACAAAUUUGGUUGGUGCACGUGGGAUGCAUUUUAUCUUACUGUGCACCCUCAAGGUGUUUGGGAUGGUGUCAAAGGUCUAGUCGAUGGUGGGUGUCCACCAGGGCUAGUCUUGAUCGAUGAUGGCUGGCAAUCCAUUAGCCAUGACGAGGACCCAAUCACUAAAGAAGGCAUGAAUUGUACUGUGGCUGGUGAGCAAAUGCCAUGCAGAUUAUUGAAGUUUCAAGAGAAUUACAAGUUCAGGGGCUAUGUAAGUCCUAGGACUUUGGCCACUGGUGCACCUACUAAGGGCAUGAGUGCCUUUAUCAAGGACCUUAAGGAGGAAUUCAACACUGUAGAAUUUGUUUAUGUAUGGCAUGCCCUAUGUGGGUAUUGGGGUGGUUUAAGGCCUAAUGUCCCUGGAUUACCGGAAACCAAGGUUAUUAAGCCGGAAUUGUCUCCAGGAUUGAAGAAAACAAUGGAGGAUCUCGCCGUUGAUAAGAUUGUUAACACCGGCGUCGGAUUGGUGCCACCGGAGAUCGUUGACCAACUAUAUGAAGGACUUCAUUCUCACUUGGAAAAGGUUGGAAUUGAUGGAGUCAAGGUGGACGUUAUCCAUCUGCUGGAAAUGGUGUGUGAGAGCUAUGGUGGAAGAGUUGAUCUUGCAAAAGCUUAUUACAGAGCACUAACAGAUUCAGUAAGGAAGCAUUUUAAAGGCAAUGGUGUUAUUGCUAGUAUGGAACACUGCAACGAUUUCAUGUUCCUUGGAACAGAAGCUAUUUGCCUUGGUCGUGUCGGUGAUGAUUUUUGGUGCACUGAUCCAUCCGGUGACCCCAAUGGCACAUUCUGGCUCCAAGGUUGUCACAUGGUUCACUGUGCCUACAACAGUUUGUGGAUGGGCAACUUUAUCCACCCUGAUUGGGACAUGUUCCAGUCUACCCACCCUUGUGCUGAGUUCCAUGCUGCCUCUAGGGCAAUCUCUGGUGGUCCAAUUUAUGUCAGUGACACUGUUGGGAAACACAACUUCCCCUUGCUCAAGCGGCUUGUAUUGCCUGAUGGUUCGAUCCUCCGGUGCGAGUACUAUGCACUUCCAACCAGGGAUUGCCUCUUUGAUGACCCUCUCCAUGAUGGCAAGACCAUGCUCAAAAUCUGGAACUUGAACAAGUUCACUGGUGUGAUUGGGGCAUUCAACUGUCAAGGAGGUGGAUGGUGCCGUGAAACUAGACGCAACCAAUGUGCCUCUCAGUGUUCUCACAUGGUGACUGCCAAGACCAAUCCCCGAGAUAUCGAGUGGAAGAGUGGCAAGAAUCCAAUUACCAUUGAAGGUGUACAAGUUUUUGCCCUGUACCUGUCUCAGUCCAAGAAGCUGAUCCUCUCCAAACCAUUUGAAAACAUUGAUAUAUCACUGGAGCCAUUCAAUUUCGAGCUGAUAACUGUUUCUCCAGUCACUGUCUUGGCUGGAAAAUCAGUCCAGUUUGCUCCUAUUGGACUAGUUAACAUGCUCAAUGCUGGUGGUGCCAUCCAGUCAUUAGCCUACGAUGACUUUGAGAGCUCUGUUCAAAUUGGUGUGAAGGGAACCGGUGAAAUGAGAGUCUUUGCAUCAGACAAGCCAAGAUCUUGCAAGAUUGAUGGGAAAGAUGUUGGCUUUGAGUACGAUGAACACAUGGUCAUUGUUCAAGUUCCAUGGUCUAGUCCCUCAGGUUCAUCUACAAUAGAGUACCAGUUUUAAGCAAUGUUUAUCAGAAGAAAGUCAUUGACUUCAUGACUUAUUACAGUCCAAAUGACUGAAAGUAACUAUUUCAAUUCAUGUUAAAUGAAGAUAAUUACUAGUAUGGUUUCAAGAA